AAAGUGUGAAGGGGGAGAACCAGCAUUUCCGACGAGCCAAUGGUAGACAGCGAAGUGUGACGCCUGGGACAUGGUGGCCGCGAUCGGACAGCCCCGGGACGUGUCGGGAGGUCCGGUAACUUCGGUCAGGACAAGGCAAGAGAAGCAGCUGUUUCAGUAGUGUUUGUACCCACAACUCAGCGAAGCCAGUCCUUGGGUAGAAGCGAACUGUCACGGCCAUGGCUUACCACUCGGGAUAUGGAGUCCACGGUUCCAAGCAUAGAACCCGGGCAGCUCCAGAUCCUCCUCCACUCUUCGAUGAUACAAGUGGUGGUUAUUCCAGCCAACUAGGCGGAUACCCAGCCCCAGGAGCUGAUGUGGCCUUCAGUGUCAACAACCUGCUUGGAGACCCAGUGGCCAAUAUGGCUAUGGCCUAUGGCACCUCUAUAGCAUCCCAAGGGAAGGACAUAGUUCACAAAGAGCUGCACCGUUUUGUGUCUGUAAACAAACUCAAGUAUUUUUUUGCUGUGGACACAGCUUAUGUUGCUAAGAAGCUAGGGCUGUUGGUCUUCCCAUACACACAUCAGAACUGGAAGAUGCAGUACAGUCAUGAUGUGCCUCUGCCCCCACGGAAAGACCUCAAUGCUCCUGACCUCUAUAUCCCCACCAUGGCCUUCAUCACAUAUGUGCUGCUGGCGGGGAUGGCUCUAGGCAUUCAGCAAAGGUUCUCCCCAGAGGUGCUGGGCCUGUGUGCAAGCACGGCACUGGUGUGGGUGUUCAUGGAGGUGUUGGCUCUGCUUCUGGGCCUCUACCUGGCCACCGUACGCAGUGAACUGAGUACCUUCCACCUCUUGGCUUACAGUGGUUACAAAUAUGUGGGGAUGAUCCUCAGUGUGCUCACAGGGCUGCUCUUCGGCAGUGAUGGCUAUUAUGUGGCCCUGGCCUGGACAUCAUCUGCGCUUAUGUACUUCAUUGUACGUUCUUUGCGGACUGCAGCCUCAGGCCCUGACAGCAUGGGGGGCCCACCCCCUCGGCAGCGUCUCCAGCUCUACCUGACCCUGGGAGCAGCUGCCUUCCAGCCCCUCAUCAUAUACUGGUUGACCUUCCACCUGGUCCGGUGAUCCCUGGUCCUUAGGUGGCAGUGAUUUUUCCAUACAUUGAAGAUUUGGUUUCCUUAACUUGGCUUGACCCUGGUUCCUGGGACCCAAGGGGAAGCCAUAUGCAUGUCUGCCUUGCCCAGAGGACUAGGCUUCAGGCUGUUUAAGAGAAGGGUAAGCAGACCCAGGGACAGCAUCCUGGAAGGGUUGCACCAGACACAGCUGGAAAGGGAGGAUGGGAGGGUGGCUACCAAGGAGUCUUCCAAGGCUUCAGCUAUAUCUGAGAGGAUUCCAGAAAUGCCUGGAUCUAGUAGGCCAAGGCUUGGAGUGCUUGGAUUUAGCUCUGGGUGGUCCCCUCUAGAAUAUUCCACCUAACCCUACGUGUUCAAGUCUUCCAGAAGCAGAAUUGGGGCUUGUGUA